AUGAAUCCGACUGCUUACGCUGUCAUACCACAGCUACGGGACAUCCGUCAACUGCGACGGGCAUUGACUUUGCUGUGGUUUCAGGUAGCCAGCUGUGAUUCGAACGCUGCUUUGGCACUCCGUCAGUGUCUGUCUGGCCGGGAGCACAUGCUUUGUCAUCUUCACGAAAUCGACACAUUUUCAUUAGAAGUGCUUUACAAUUUUAUUAGAUCUAUCUUAUUUGCCAUUAUAAUGCGAUAA